ACGCAGUGUUCUCCGCCCUGAUUGGCUUGAGGUGUGCGCGCGGUGUUGGCGGGAGGAGAAUAGCGGAGCGCUGCGUGUGAGCUGUGUGAGAUUGCGCAGUACCGGGCAGAGAACCGUUCUCCGGCUGACAGGGAAGCGGCACCUGACUGACACCAGCGCUCGGGACAGAGGCGCCGUCCAUUCUGCUCUUUAUUUAUCACGUAGAGCAUUGUGAAGCGGAGGACGCAGCGGACACAGCACCGGAGCGACCGUCUGUAGCCGACCGGCCUGCCACUGAUUGUCUCCGGGACCGUGAAGGCUACAUACAAGUGGAAUCUUCCUGGCCAUCCUAAGUUCCAGAGGACUCCAAAAGCCAGUAUCUACCUGAAGCCUUUUGAAGGCAUCAUCACAAAAGCAAUGACUGAAGAGCGAAGUGGUCUUCACCAGUCCAGGAAGCAGCAAAAGUAUUUCACAAUGGAUGUGGAUGAUGAAGAAAAUAUGAGUUCAAGCAGCACUGACGUUAAAGAAAAUCGUAGCAUGGAUGGAGUGUCAAGAAAGGAUGGGAAUGGCCAAGGUACCGGGGAGGGGGCUCAGCUAUCCAAUGGGGGUGAGGGAAGCAACAGGAAACGACCAUUGGAGGAAGGUAAUAAUGGCCAUUCCAAGUUUCGUCCAAAGAAGAGGAAGAAAACACCAGGGCCUGUAUUGCCAAAGAAUGCUCUCAUGCAGCUGAAUGAAAUAAAGCCGGGUUUGCAAUAUAAACUCCUUUCUCAGUCUGGACCAGUUCAUGCACCAGUUUUUAUCAUGACUGUUGAUGUUAAUGGCCAAGCUUUUGAAGGUUCAGGGCCAACAAAAAAGAAGGCAAAGCUUAACGCAGCUGAAAAGGCUUUACGGUCCUUUGUGCAAUUUCCCAAUGCAUCAGAAGCUCACAUUGCAAUGGGAAGAACUCUCUCUAUUAACACUGACUUUACUUCUGACCAAGCUGACUUCCCGGAUACGCUCUUCAAUGGAUUUGAAAAAACUGAGCCAUCUGAUCAUGCAUUUUUCUUAGGCUCCAAUGGGAAUGAGCCCUUUAAUUCAACAAGUGACUAUAGCAUGGCAUUGACUGGAUCUUGUAAUCUUAUCCAGUCGCCACUUCCAGCACCUUCAUUUUUUCCACCUUCAAGUGGUAAAAAUCCUGUUAUGAUCUUAAAUGAGCUGCGGCCAGGACUGAAGUAUGACUUUGUGUCAGAGAGUGGAGAAAGUCAUGCUAAGAACUUCGUCAUGUCAGUCACAGUGGACAACCAAACAUUUGAGGGAUCUGGCAGAAACAAGAAACUUGCUAAAGCACGAGCAGCACAGUCAGCUUUGGCGUCAUUGUUCAACAUGCAGUUGGACCAGACUCCUUCACGACAGCCUGUCCCAAGUGAGGGCCUACAGUUGCACUUACCUCAGGUUCUGGCUGAUGCAGUUGCACGUUUGGUUGUAGAUAAGUUCAGUGAGCUAACAGAUAAUUUCACCUCCCCUCAUGCAAGGAGAAAAGUCCUAGCUGGGGUUGUCAUGACAACAGGAAUAGAUGUGAAAGAUGCCCAGGUUAUUAGUGUUUCCACUGGAACAAAAUGCAUCAAUGGAGAAUAUAUGAGUGAUCGUGGUCUGGCGCUAAAUGACUGUCAUGCUGAAAUCAUAUCUCGCAGGUCACUGCUUAGAUUUCUUUACACACAGCUUGAAUUAUUUCUAAGCACUAAAGAUGAUCAGCAAAAGUCCAUAUUUAUGAAAUCUGAACGUGGUGGUUUUAAACUGAAGGACAAUGUUCAGUUCCAUCUGUACAUCAGUACAUCGCCGUGUGGAGAUGCUCGUAUCUUCUCACCUCAUGAAGCUGGACAGGAAGAUCAAGGAGAUCGCCAUCCUAACCGAAAGGCACGAGGACAACUUCGUACCAAGAUAGAGUCUGGAGAAGGUACUAUUCCUGUGCGGUCAAGCAGUACUAUACAAACAUGGGAUGGUGUUUUACAAGGAGAGAGAUUGCUCACAAUGUCUUGCAGCGAUAAGAUUGCCAGAUGGAACAUUGUAGGAAUCCAGGGUUCUCUCUUCAGUCUCUUUGUCGAGCCAAUCUAUUUCUCCAGUAUUAUCUUGGGCAGCCUCUAUCAUGGUGAUCAUCUCUCUAGGGCAGUCUACCAGAGAAUAUCUGAUAUAGAAGAUUUGCCCCCACUGUAUUCACUAAAUAAACCUUUACUGAGUGGUAUUAGUAAUGCAGAAGCACGCCAACCGGGCAAGGCUCCUAGUUUCAGUGUCAACUGGACAAUAGGAGAUGCCAGCCUUGAAGUCAUUAAUGCUACAACUGGCAAAGAUGAAAUGGGUCGUGCAUCCCGUCUUUGUAAACAUGCUCUCUACAGUCGAUGGAUGCGUAUUCAUGCAAAGCUUUCUUCCAACCUGAGAUGUAAAAUUGGGAAACCCAAUCUAUACUAUGAUUCAAAGCAGGCAGCCACAGAAUACCAAGCGGCAAAGGAAUGCGUUUUCAAAGCCUUUCAAAAGGCAGGACUUGGAGCCUGGGUUAAGAAACCUAUAGAACAAGACCAGUUUCCCCUAACUGUGUAAAGUCCCGAACAAAUCAAUCCAUUUAGUUUUCCUCUGUCAGGCAGGAGUAUAUGGACACUGUUUGUAAACCUUGUUAUGAUUUCUCAAUUCUCUGAUGUGCCAAUCAUCCUCAUCUGCCUUUUUAUCUCCCUAUCUUUAAACCUGUAAUUUUUAAAUCAUUCAUUGUUUUAUAGGAUCUGGAAAAAUAUUGAUUUUAUUUAUUCCUUAGUGACCAAAGGCAGUAUAUUUUUUGUAAACACCUGCCUCAGUUUUUAUUUUAAGUAAAAUAUAUCUGUAGCUGGAUCUCUCACUUCUGUAAAUUGUAGAUACUUUCAACAGCACCAGUGUGCUAUACAAUUGGCAGCUGAUUUAAACUUGGAAAGUCAUUCUUAUUUCACUGCAGAUGUUAUUGUUCAUGGUUUUACACUGUAUUUUUAAGUGGCGUAUUUCAUGAGCUUUUGUGAAAUCUAGCUGCUGUUGACCCAAAUAUAACCAGCAAUAUGUCUGCUUUGGGUUGGCAAUUGUUAAUUUUUACCUGUCCUUGCUAACAAAAUGUAGAUUGGAAGCCAAGGGAUAGCACCCUUUCGGCUAUAGUACAAGGGUUUAAAACCAGCUGCUACACAUUGUUUCAUUGCUCUGUGUGUGGCUACAAUUAUUAUUAUUUUUUUUUAUUAAGCAGAUUUUAUUCUGUAUUUGUUGUCUCAUUUACCCAUGUUGUGAAUUAUGAAUUUUACUGUUGGUAACUGGAUUGAAAUACAUUGUUUUAUUUGAUCUCUAGGAUGUAAUUGUAAACCAAACCCUAUGAAGAAGUAAAUUGUUUGCUGAAAAUACAGUAUAUACAUAAAACCACAUUUUGCUUCGCAGAAAGACGUCGCUUGACAUUUGGUUAAUCCCUUUCUAUUUUAUAGAGACAAAUUCACGCCACAGAAAACAAUGUAAAAAAAUUACUUCACAAAGGCAUUUUCCACAGAAAUCCAAUUUUUUGUUUGUUUUUAUAAUACAGAAUAGUAAGAAUUCACAAACUCUGCUAAACUCGGCAGCUGCUGCUCCAGUCAAAACUGCCAGGACAGUGCCCAGAUCAUUACACUUCUGCACUAUUUACUUCAAGAAUUGUGUACUUGACUCACAUCACAUUUAUUGUGAAUUUUUUUUUCUUUCUAGUCAUCCCCUAUGACAGCGCCAAAGCAUGUUGACUCGAACCCCUAGCUCCUGGGCCAAUAUCUGUUCUGUUUUUUUUAUUUUGUCUCUCUAGCUUACUGGACAGCUCUGGUUUAUUGGAUUUCCUUCCUCCCCCAAUAUACUGUUUCUGUUGUCUUAAUCAAGACAGUGUCCUCCCUCAUGUUCCUCCUUUCUGAGGGUUACACUGGCAGAACUGUUAAACUGCUUCAGUAUUCGUCUGUAGCUACUAGUUGCUUCCUCAUGCCCCACAGUGAGCUAAUCUUGCCAUCCAGUUGCAUUGCAGAUUUUUCCGGAUACCUGUGCCAUGGCCUUCACUUGCGCAUGGAGAAGACUGCAACACUCUCCCAUACUGGGACGGAGGCUAGGUGCGGAAGUGAGCUGUAUGGAAAGAUGUUGCAACCUACUGCUGUGUGGGGUCCGUGCUGGGGUCUGGCCUGUUCUGUUGUUCCUUCCUUUAAAGAGAAUCUGACAGCUCAUUUACCCACACUAAACUCAGUAUACUGGGUUAUAGUGUGGGUGAAGAGCUCCUCCGUGUCUCCCUCUUACCAUAAUAAUGAAGGGGCGAGGCUCAGGGGAAUAUGGAGGAGACAGGAGCUCGGCCAGCCAGCUCCCUUUUUCUAAUGCACGCUGGGGUGCAUUUGGAAUAAAACAAUGUAACAUUUAAAAGCAUAACGCAGCACCAAACCAACAAAUUUCAGUAAGUUGCCCCUCAUUUUACAGCUCUUACUAUGUUACCCUUCCUUUUAUAACUCUGUAUACUCGGUUAAGUGCAGGUGAACUAGCUGUCAGAUUUUUUAAAAGGGAGACAAAUGAUAUUCCUUCUAAGCCCAAAGAAAAGAGUAGUGUCUAAGUUGGCUAUCUGAAACAUAGAAUGUGUCUAGAGAUGAGCGAACUUACAGUAAUUCGAUUUGUCACAAACUUCUCGGCUAGGCAGUUACUGAUGUUAGCCUGCAUAAAUUAGUUCAGUCAGCAACUGCCGAGCUGAGAAGUUUGUGACGAAUACGAAUUGAAUCACUGUAAGUUCGCUCAUCUCUAAAUGUGUCGGAAGAUAAGGGCCAUUUGGCCCAUCUAAUCUAAUCUUUUCCCCAUCUGAAGCCCUUCUUACCCCUGCACUGAGCCCUAGUUCUAUGAAAGGUAGAUCUUAUUGGAGUAUUGUUUGUGGUCAGAGUCUGGGAAAUAUUAAAUUUCUAUACUGGUUGACAGCUUUUUCCCCUUGGACCUGUCUUCCAUGCCUACAGAUGAGGAUUAGAGAUGAGCGAACUUACAGUAAAUUCGAUUAGUCACGAACUUCUCGUCUCGGCAGUUGAUGACUUUUCCUGCAUAAAUUUGUUCAGCUUUCAGGUGCUCUGGAAAAGGUGGA